CAAAUAACGAGGAUAGGGGCAGGCUCACUGCCAGGGUACAGAGGGGCAGAUAAGGGGGUGACACUGCCAGGGUAGAGAGGGGCAGAUAAGGGGGUGACACUGCCAGGGUAGAGAGGGGCAGCCAGGGUAGAGAGGGGCAGAUAAGGGGUCACUCCCUGCCAGGGUAGAGAGGGGCAGAUAAGGGGGUGACACUGCCAGGGUAGAGAGUGGUAGUUAAAGGGGUCACUGCCAGGGUAGAGAGGGGCAGAUAAGGGGUCACUCCCUGCCAGGGUAGAGAGGGGCAGAUAAGGGGGUGACACUGCCAGGGUAGAGAGUGGUAGUUAAAGGGGUCACUGCCAGGGUAGAGAGGGGCAGAUAAGGGGUCACUCCCUGCCAGGGUAGAGAGGGGCAGAUAAGGGGGUGACACUGCCAGGGUAGAGAGUGGUAGUUAAAGGGGUCACUGCCAGGGUAGAGAGGGGCAGAUAAGGGGUCACUCCCUGCCAGGGUAGAGAGGGGCAGAUAAGGGGGUGACACUGCCAGGGUAGAGAGUGGUAGUUAAAGGGGUCACUGCCAGGGUAGAGCGAGGAAGUUAAGGGGUGGCUCACUGUCAGGGUAGAUAGGGGCAAAUAAGGAGUGAACACUAGGGUAGUGAGGGUCCCCUGUGUUAGUGUCUCAUCCAGCAGGAAGAUGUGGUUUAUCUAUAUACUCAGCUGGCUGUCCCUGCUCAUCCAGGUGGCCUUUGUCACUUUGGCAAUAGGUGAGUUCCCCUCUUACAGUUUGCUAAUUGCUAACAUUUGGUCCUCUAGCUGUUAUGUCCUACCUUCCCAUUCACAAACACCCAGCCCAAUAGCUUGUUUGGUGUGAAAGGUGGUAGAAGACAGUGGCAAAGAUUAGCCACUAAUGCCCUAAAUGGCUUGCUGCUGGCUUUACGUUAUGUGUUCUCGAACUGUCGUGCUAGAUUGUUAUGUCUCUGGGGCAUUGUAAGUUUAAACAUGAAUUGUGAAAAAUAUAUAAUUAAUACAAAAAAUAUGUGACUAAAGUUUGUCUUUUGGAAAAUUAACAGAAAAGGUGAGGGAUAGCACCAAAGAGUUACAAAAUAACAAAACUGAAGAAAAAAAAUAUAAUUGUAACAAAGAGAUUGCAUCAAUUAAAAAUGUUGUUUUUGUUAAUCAGAUUCAAAAAACAAACCUUCCAAAACAGAAAAUUUUAUUUAUAACUAGAACAAGAAGUGUAUAGACUCAAAAGGUAAGUAUAUAUCAAAUAGUAACAGCUAGGAUGAUUAGUUUAUAGACUUGAGUGGCUUAUCAAAUUGCAUCAAUGUAAAAUGUGAUUACCCUCCCUGUUACAUAGUAGUCAUGGAAGAAGAAAAGAGAAACUCCUUAAGUACCAAAGCAGUAAGUCGGAACUAAAAAAAGUAAAUAUAAUAAACAUUGAAAGUGAAGAAAAAUGGGGUUAUAUAGUCAAAAAUUAAUCACGGACAACCACUCCGGGUCAUAUCAAAGAUAGUAAAGUUAGGUGGCUACCCAUCCAAACACUAAUUAGCUGAACACUGUGCCUUCAUUGGCACCGAAAGAAGCUUCAAAAUCCUGUGCCUCUAAAGGUCACCUAUCUACUAAACAGUGCUAGACUAGAACUAUAGGUACUGUGCCUUCGAGAGGGCACCUAUCAUCUGCAUAGCACUUGUGUACAACGUAGGUGCUAAUAAAAGGCUCUCAGCAUUACAAAUUUUUAAAAGAGAUAAUUUUAAGAGAAUAAAUUAAGUCGUAGAAAUAAGUCAAACAGUCAUAGUGUAUGUAAGUAGUCAAAAUGAAUAUAACUUAUCAGUGUGGUGAAUGUAGACACACCAUGGAUGUUUAGCCGCCCAUGACACGACUCUGCUGUUUUUGAUUUUUUUUUUUUUUUUUAAUAAAAGCUAAAUUUUAAUUAAUCUUUGGUAAAAUUAAGUUUGUAUAUGGAUUUGCAAAUGUCAGUCCCUCGACAUGAGACAGAUCUUAUCUCUCAGCAAGGCAGAAUUUGAUUUUUUCUAAAUGUUACGUCCAACUUGGUCCUAUUUUUAUGUAGUGACAAGCGAGUAUUUGAAACACCGCUCAGGAAGAGAUACAAAGCUUGUGUACCACUCAUGGACAGCUGUUUUGUCUUUAAUGCAACUCGUCAGCAUGAGAUUGGUUACUGGUUUGCUACUGAGGCUUGCCGUCACUUGUGGAGCACAAGCAAGAAAGUUAUGGUGGGGGAAAAAAGCGAUCGAAAACAACUUCCAAGUGAGUGGUUCACUGGCUUUGCAUCUUUUCCUGAGUUUUUUUCAACACAGUUGUAUACUGCAAACGCAAACUCCAAGGAAUCCAUGUUUAGAAUGGAACAAUGAGGCAAAAGGGUAUUAUUUGUUGAACUUAUUGCAUAUGCCCACCCAGAAUCCCUUGCAGCAGAGAUUUCUUUGGAAGAAAAGCAAGUCUUAUAGCUUGACUGGUGUAUGUAGAUCUGCAUUUAACAAUGUAUUGACUUAUUUCUAUAUGCAUAUAUGUCACGGGAUAUUCCUUUCCCCUUUUUCAAAAUUUCAGAUUUAAGACGAAAAUAGGAGAAUUAAAAAAUAUUCCAACUUAUAUUUUUUUCUUCUAGAACUUACCAAAAAUGCUUGUUUAUUGAAUAAGCUACAUCAUACCUACGGUAUACAGUUUUAUUUUUAAAACUGAAAUAUUUUAGAAUUGAACUAAUUGCAGGCGCUCUCUACAUACAUCCCAUUGAUUGGUAAGCAAUAACCAUUAUGUCUGAACCCUCUGCCCCAUUUCCUUUGUUGCAAAGCUAAGAUACCAUGAAUUUGACACUUGCCAAGAUAGACAUUUUUAGGACUGCUACUGGACGCGUGUGUGUGACUUAAACAUAUGAGAUCUCUCUACCUGAUAAGUAGCUGAAGUUUAAAUAGCAUUAUCAUUAUCUGAAUGCAAGACAUGCUGAUGCAGACCCUCUAUAACGUGCUACACUGAGUCACUGCUCUGCUCUUCCUAUAUGUGUGGAGUUAACAUCUGGAGCUCAGGGAUCUGUUAGCCAAGUACUAGGUGAAGGCCCUGGAAUGAGAAUAAUGAAAAGCAAAGGCUGAGAGCAGCUUCGGUUAGUCUGCUAACUCAACAGAGAACUGGGCUCACCCUUCAUAAUGUAUAGAUACUGUUCCCCAUCCAUCUAUAUUAGCCUUAUUGUGUGUAUUAUGACAGGUAAACUAAUAGACAUAUGGUGGCACCCAUUCCAUGUGUUUGGAGACACUGACCUGAAGUAUCGCACUGUUUUGUGACUUUUCAAAAGGAUGAAACUGUUGUGAAAAAGUUGUGGUUGCGUUUUGAUUUCAGUGAAAUAAUGUCAUAUAGUUGGCAUGGUAGGAGCUGUGUUGUCUCCUGUAAGUGUUGAUUUAUGGUAUAAUGUAAAGGACAGAACUGUAAGUAGAUUUUGCCACCAGAUUGUUAGUGAUGUCUGAUGGUAAUUGGGCAUGAUCAGCAAUAAAUGCCCAUAGCAUCUCAUUGCUAUGCAGUUAGGUAUGUGGACAAUCCUGUGAUGUUGCAGGGAUACAUGGUGCCAAGGAGAGAGAAGUUUAGAUAAUCUGACGCUUGUUAUAUAAUUCUCUGCAGCGCUUUCUUGGGUAACCAUCUCACAAUUCAUUAAUUGCAUCUAUGAUAUGUUUAAAGCCAUAGAGGAACACACUUAUUCAAUAUUUUGAAUGUCAGGAGAGGGACAAAACUGCACUUAAACAAUGUGAAAAUUGUUGCUAUCCCAUCUGGCACUGAACGGAAAACCUAAUGUUAAAGGGGCAGUCUAGGUUUCACAUAAAUAUUUAUUUCAACCAAAAAACAGGCCAAGUUCUCCCUGCAGCCUAAUACUCCUCUGGCUGGGAAAGCAUUAGCAUCCUCCUGUCAUAUCUAUAACAACAAAUAACCGUGUGCUCAAUCCACAAAACACACAUCUGCUGACCACAACUACCCUUUAAUGGAAACAGGUGUGUUUUCCACAAACCGUAUCAAAGGCAAAAAAUAAAACUUAGCAAAGACUGUGCAAGAGCAGCAGUGAUAAAAAUAUAUAUAAAAAUUAAAAUAUAAAACAUAAGUUAACAGAAUAUUAAAUAUUAUAUAACAAAAUAGAUCCACUACACAAUUUAUGAAAACCUAAUAUAACAGUUGAUGGGGGGAAAAAAACCUCAGCAAUACAAAAUGUGUACAUAAAAUUGAGAUAAAUACAUAAAAUCACUUUGGAUACAAUAAAAAGGCCAUAUAUCCAAAUUCUGCAUAAUAUUCCCCACUGCCCCAAAUUUUUUAAAAAUUUUUUUCCCUUGGAAUAGACCACUCAAUGACUUCUGGACAGGGUGAGUCAAAUAAUAGGAGUCAGCUGACCAUGAAACUAUUUCCAAUGAAUAAAAAACAAACUGGACCAGAGAAUGCAGUCUCCGAGACAGAAAGGCACACUUGCCCGGCCCUAUAAAAAAUAGUUCCAGGGAUUUUCACACUUGUCACUGUAAACCUGGCAUUCUGUUUAUGGGGAUAUAGAGAGUUUGGUACUUUGUUGAUGAGUGCUUUGUAUGGUCAGUCAGUGGCCAUUCGCAUACGUAGCUUGAAGAUCUGAUGUUCUGGAGAAAAACGGGCUUCUGCCCCUGGACUCUGCAACAGUGGAGGACUCCAGAAGAAAAAAGCCAACGUGUCUAGUCCUCCUGUAAUAUAUACACAAGAAACCAGGGGCAGUGGACGUCUUGUCCUAUAACAUACACAUUCAUUGUGGGAAUAGUAACGACUCUGGACUACUUUAGUGUAACUUGUAUGUAGGCUUUAAAAGCCAAGCUGACAUUGGAGAAGAAAGCUGAGCUUUGUUAGUAUAAUUUGUUCAAACCAUGGCUGCCAGAUAUCUGAUGAUAUUUUCUAACCUCUGGGCUAACACUGCUUUGUAGAGAUGUUUCAAGCAGAACUCUGGCAAUAACCUAAACCGUGAAGGUGAAAGAAUAAUUUAAGUAAAACAGGUCUUUUUGCCAACGACAAACUUUAUCACUUUGUCUCAGUGUUAGGUGUUUCAUAGUUUGCCCUGUAAAUGUUUUGUUUUUAAAUGUGACACGGCUCAUAUAUUUAUUGCAAUAGAGAAUGCAAAGGUCGCAUGUUCGCUAUAUGUGUGCAUGUUACUAAAUGAUUUAUUUCCCUGCCACUUGUCAGGCAAAGUUCAUUUAUUUCUAUUUAGCUGUAGGAGUGUGGAAAUUUAAGUCAAACUGCUUGUCCAAGAGACAUGUCCCUACACGCAGUAAUUUAAGAUUGGGUCACCUGCCUAGAGCCCUGGGUGUUUAUAGUGUUCACUAAACUGGGAUUUUUUUUUAUAUAUAUAUAUAUAUAUAUAUAUAUAUAUAUAUAUAUAUAUAUAUAUAUAUAUAUAUAUAUAUAUAUAUAUUAUUUAUUUUGCAAAUUACAUCAGAAUGGUAACACUGAGACACAUAAAGUUGAUCUUUAAAAUGGGAUACAUUUUUUGCCUCAGUUCUUGCAUUCAUAUUGUAUCAGUAUAAAUACAGAGGUUAAAGGUUCCAGUCCUAUAGUAACAAACUGGCCCACUGCAUGCCUCCAUGGUACACUCACCAGGGCUGUGUUGACUGCAUGUAGUAUGUGUGUGUGUGUUUUUAUUAUUUAAGUUGAUGGUAAUUAUUUUUCAUGUGGAUUUGUGUUCUUUGUUGAAUUGUCUUUAGUUGUUGAGCUUUUGUUUUCAGUUUGUGUUGCUUAGUAUCUGUAAACACAGGGGACCUACUGCAAGCGAUCUGGUAGCUGCUCUGGUCUGCUCCAAGUUAACCUUCAUGUUACAGAGCUUAAUGUUUACUGCUCACUAAUAUACAAUGAUGGAGUAUGGGGUUUAUUGAAAAUGUGGCCUGCUGGUUUUGAAUGAUAUUUGGGUAUGAGCUUUUUUCAUAUAAAGUAGUGCAAGUGAAGCAGUUGCCAUAUGAACCAACAUUCCUGCCACUUCAUUGAAAUAAACUUGUUUUGGUGUCAGGAGGCGCCUGCUUCCUUAUAUGGUUUAAACCGCUUACAAACGGCUUAACCCAAAAGUUGAGUAUCCAGUGCUGUUUGCCUCUGACCCUGUCCCUGCACAUUGCUCAGAUUCUUGAAAGAGGACGCCUUGGACAGGAGUGCUGCUGAUUGGCUGAGAAUUUCAGCUGACGCUCUUAACCAAUCAGUAGGUUUUCGUUUACAAAAUGGCAUGAGAAAGAAAAAGAACAAUGUACGUUUUUCAAUGUACUUGCCUCACAACCCUAAAUAAAGCUUUAUUGGAGGUUUAUUUGCUUCAAUAAAGCUGCCUUUUGGCUAUUACCUUGAGUAUCUCAACCAAUACUUAAGUGCCCAGUCACUCUACAGCUGAGACACACUCUGUCUGGCUAGUUGAAAAGUUGUGACGCUUCAAACUGCAGGACUGGGGCUGUGACUCCGAGGACUGAUCUGAUUCUGAUUUCAGUCUGUUUUAAUCUGUAAUGAUUGUUGAUACUGCUAACCAGUUCAGCUACUUAUUGGCUCCAUAUUACCACUGCAGAUUAAUGAUAUAGCCAGUUUCAAAUGUAAUAAGGCGUCCGUAUCAGUAUCCUGCUUCUUUAACCUUGUGUAAUAUUUAAUAGAAAGCUAAAGCAUUUUACUGAUAUUAAUGUGUGGGAAUUCUACACACAGUAUAGUGUGGGCUUCUCUGUAUAGCAGUUCUGUGUAAUCCAUCACAGUGAUCCUGGCUGUGUGGGAUAGUUAUUAUAUCUGCUUAUUGUGCCCAGUUCAGUGUGUUAUUUCUCUGUAUUUUACUCUGCUCUACCUGUUGUAUGGUAAAUCUGUAGUUUACCCAGCUCUGUGUAUUGUAUAGGUAUUUUUGUCUUGUGCCAAGCUCUGUGCAUUGUAUCUUUAUUUUUGUAUCCGCUCUGUUUGUGGUAUGGUUAUCUCUUUAUUGUAACUCGGCUUUAUGUAGUUUAUAGAAAUCUUUAUGCUGUGCCCCACUUAUUUUAUUGUGUGAUCAUGAUUUCUGUAUUAUGCUCGGCUCUCUCUAUUAUAUAAGUAAAAUUUUGGGUGAGAAAUCAAACACCCCACCAUCUUAAAGUGUUACUAGAGUUCCUGUAAUACAAAGCUGUAUUCCUGGUACUAUAGCUUUCUCUACAUCCCCCCCCCCCCUCUCCCCUCCUCCCCAGGCUUUAAUAAAGGGUAAAAAAAAACCUUUUUUUUUUUUACUUACAUGACUCCAAUGCCAAGGGACAUAAUGUGAAGAAGGGGCACUAAAGCGUAUGUACGGCGUCCGUGCUUUCCUAUUGGGAAAUAGCUGACACUGGAUGAUCUUACGCAAAGUGCGAGGGUCCAAAAGUCCGGUAACAUCCCCCGAAGCGCCUCUAGUGGCUGUCUUAGUGCUGCAUUGUAAUCAUUGCAGUUUCUCUAAAACUAAUGUUUAACAUCGCAGCACUGAGUGCAAUAGGGACACUGCACCCAGACCAAUUCAAUGAGCUGAAGUUGUCUAUAGUUGUAGAUGUGUGUUAAGGAAGGCAAAGGACAAGGGGAGAAAGAUUUGAUAAGGUGAGAUUGGACAGGAUCAAGCGGGCAAGUGGUGGGGCGAUAGGGAAAGGAGAAGCGCAGCCACCUCUUGUUCAGUAGCCGGGGAGAAAGUCUGAAGGGUAGGAAAGGCAUGAUCUACGUGUGGUUGAGAAAUAGAGGGGCAAGGUGGGGAGAAUUCUUUCCUUUCCUGGUCAAUCUUGUCGGUAAAGUAGCAUGCAAAGCUAUCGGCUAUAAGGUUAGUUUGGGGGGUGGCCACAGCAGGGCGAAGAAGAGAGUUGAAGGUAUCAAAGAAACGCCUGGGAUUGCGGGAGCAUGAUCUAAUGAGAGAAGAAAAGUAGGACAGUUUGGUGAGGGCAAGGGCUGUGCUGUAUGAACACAAUAUGAAUCUAUAAUGGAGAAAGUCUGCCUGGGUGCGGGACUUCCUCCAGGAGCGUUCAGCGGAACCGGAGCAUUUUUGCAGGUAGCGUGUUCAUUUAGUAUGCUACGGUUGGGGGGGUGCCCUCCUGGAGGUGCAUGUUUGGAGCGGGGCGGGCUGCAGCAUCCAUAGCAGAGGUGAGGGUAGUGUUAUAUGUGGAGAUGGGAAGGGAUGGAUAGCAGUUGUGAAUCAAUAUCAGCUGACAGCUGCUGGAGGUCAAUAGAAUUAAUUCUGUGUUGAGGGGGUUAGGCUGAGGUUAUUGGGUGAGGGGGAACUUGAGAGCAAACUAUAAGAGGUGGUGAUCAGAGAGCAUAAUAGUGUUGCAGAUAUUAGACACUGAACAUGCAUAAGAGACAUUAUUAGGACAAGUUGGGGUUUUAUUAAAGGACCACUAUAGUGCCCUGAGGGUGCCCCCACCUUCAGGGUCCCCCUCCCGCCUGGCUCUGGAAGGGGGAAAGGGGUUAAAACUUACCUUUUUCCAGCGCUGGGCGGGGAGCUCUCCUCCUCCGAUCCUCCUUCUCUCCUCAACGUCGGCAGAAUGCGCACGUGCGGCAAGAGCUGCGCGCGCAUUCAGCCGGUCACAUAGGAAAGCAUUCAUAAUGCUUUCCUAUGGACGCUUGCGUGCUCUCACUGUGAAAAUCACAGUGAGAAGCACGCAAGUGCCUCUAGCGGCUGUCAAUGAGAGAGCCACUAGAGGAAAUAGGGGAAGGCUUAACCCAUUCAUAAACAUAGCAGUUUCUCUGUAACUAUGUUUAUGAAAAAAUGGGUUAACCCUAGCUGGACCUGGCACCCAGACCACUUCAUUAAGCUGAAGUGGUCUGGGUGCCUAGAGUGGUCCUUUUAAGAAGGUGGAGUAUUAGGAGGGGUUUAACUGUUAAAUUUCUAGGUGACUACCUGACUUUUACUGUCUAGACAGACCGUAUAAUGUUGUGCACUCCCUCUAAUCCUAUGACAAAUAAAUUUGCGCUAAAUAAAAAUCUUUCUGUACCUAAAUUACGUAAUUUUCCAUUAGAAAUAUCCAUUACAGAAAAGGUCGCUACAAAAGGCAUGAAACUGUGACCUUGAUAUCACAAGUACAGUCAUACUGCCACUGUGUACACACAGUGUAUAUACACCUGCUCCAUCAAUUUGUACUAACUAAAUUAUCACUGAUAACAAUAAACUCCUAUUUUAUUUUUAAUUUUUAUUUUUUAACCAUGCCACCUCUUCCUCAGCUGCCGGACUUUACUACUUGGCGGAGUUAAUAGAGGAAUAUACUGUAGCAACAAGCAGAAUCAUAAAGUACAUGAUCUGGGUAAGUUGUAUAAAUCUUUCAUUAUGUGGUUUUCAAUGUUCAUGUGUAUAGAACUAUUAAAAUAGACUAUCAUUUUUCCAGAGCCAAUGACGAUAAAGAUUAUCGCUCUCCAUUCUGCCGAUUGCCAAUAUCCUUUACAUUUAAGGGUUUGAAAAAGCAACACCAUUUUUACAGAAAUCUGACAUUGAUUGAACAUGCUGACAAUAUUCACACUCCUGUCACUCUCAGGCAGCCACUAAAUGCUGGGAUCACUGAGAUCCCAGCAUGUACAGUGCGGUUACUGGUGGGAGCAAUGAUACUCCUAUCACUGUCAGGCAGCUAGCCCAGUACAUUGCAGUAGAUUUAGCUGAGCUCUGCAUGCUUGGAACACAAGGAGGGGUGACAUGAGGUAGUGAUUUGCAGUCUCAUUGACUGACAGCUGCUGUUAAUGUAUAUUGAAAUUGUUACUAGGAUACUAUAGCAUUACCUUUUAGGCUGAUGGAAAUCAUGCAGCCAUUGAUGGCUUCACCAUCCGUGCAGUAUGGAAUUCUUAAACAUGUAAUAUAAAUAUUAAGAAAAGAAUUCAGUAUACCUCUUGUUCUGGUUUGUUUAGAUCUUUGUUACCAUAAUUUUCAGUCGUUUGUGUUACACUGUUCCAUGAGUUUAUAUCCUGCCUGCUCGUAUUACCAGAACUGUGUAUGUGUCUGUGUAUUACCAGACCUGUGUCUUUCUUCUCUCUGUUAUUUAUAUAGGCCAGUGGUGCCCAAAAGGUAGAUCCCCAGGUGGUUUAAAAUUACACCUUCCACAAUGCUUUGUCAUUCUAAAGGCAUUUUAAAGGCACGCAAAGCAUCAUGGGAGGUUUAGUUCUACAACAGCUGGAGAUCUACCUAUUGGGUACCCCUGGAACAGGCCGUUUGAACAUGUUCAGUGAUCUUGUGGUUUUGCCUUUCAGUUUUCUACAGGGGUGCUGAUUGGCCUGUACCUGUUUGAGAAGUUCCCCGGGGUGAUGGUGGGAGUAGGACUUUUCACAAAUGUAGUAUACUUUGGGUUGCUACAGACGUUCCCUUUCAUAUUGCUAACAUCCCCCAACUUCAUUCUAUCCUGUGGUGAGUACUCCUCUGUUGGCGGGGAGGGGUUGGGGUUUUUAAUGAUAUUGAUAUACAAUGUGCUGAGAAAGUAUUCAGCCCCCUUCAUUUUUUUUUUACUUAAAAUUGCAGCCUUUAGCUACAGUUUGUUUAAUUUUGUUAAUUUCAAGCUUCACUCCAAACCUUAUAAUGUAAUACCCCCUCUCACUAUACUUUAAGGCAGAGUUUUCCAAUUGGUGUUCUGCGAGAACAAAACUGAGGUCCCAUUGUGAUUUGCCAAUCCAAAACGGCCGCCAUUAUUUGCAUUUAGGGCCACCCAAUGGGUAUUGCUGUAGUAUCAAUGCUGGGAGGAAGUGACACCUGGAGAGAGGCAACAGUAGGGAGUGAGCUGUUGCAGACCUUCCACAGAUCAGCCUCAGCAAGCAGCACUCCAAGCAAGCCACCCUCCUACAGACAAUGGGUAUGCGAACAGGAGGAGGGUGGCUGCAAAUAAAAACAUUAUGGUGUGUGUAUCUCUGUGUGUGUCGAGGUGUUUACAGUUGCAAACAAAAUUGAAAAUCGGGUUUAUUGUAAAAAUAUACAGGCUAUAAGCUGUUUACAAUGAACAAAUCAAACAAACCAUUGAAAUAGCUCAACAAAACAAAUGCUUCAAGUGGUUUCCCAAAAUUCACUUAAUAAUGCAACAUGUAAUGACUUCUACAGUCUCAAUUUCAAUCCCUUCAUGGCAAGCAUCUCUAGUACAUAGUAGAGCACCCUUUUGCUGUUAUGACCUGCUGCGAACGCGAUGAGUUGCCAGACACCAGUUUAUGUCAGCGUUCCUCAGGAAUACUAGCCCAUUGCUCAUGACCUACACGGCCUACAGAAGGCAUAGGCAACCUUCGGCACUCCAGAUGUUUUGGACUACACCUCCCAUGAUACUUUGACAGCAUUUUGAGUGUAAGAGCAUUAUGGGGGAUGUAGUCCACAACAUCGUGAGUGCCAAAGGUUGCCUAUCCCUGGCCUACAGUUCAGAAAUAUUCUUGGGUGAGCGUGUUGCAACCGCCUUCUUCAAAUCCCCCCCAAAGAGGGUUCUAGUCUGCUGACUGUGAUGUCCACAGUAACAUUUUCCAGGACGACUUCUGCAACUAAGUCUUGGUGGAAUUUGAGGUAUGCUUGGGAUCAUUGCUGGUGAGAGAGCUCAGUGGGCUAAUGCAUCAUCAGUAGAAUCUGUUCAACCCUUGGGUCGUAGGUUCGAAUCCCAGCAGGGUUGACUCCAGCCCUUCAUCCUUCCCGAGGUAGAUAAAAUGAGUACCAUUAAAUUGGGUAAUAGUAACAACCCCUGGAUGUUUGGCAAAGGUGACAUCCCUUGGACGUACUUGAAUACCAGAGUAAUCGGAAUGUGCCUUUCCUGGUUAAAUACUUUGUUGUUGUUGUUAUUAUUGUCUUGUUGGAAGCUUCAACUUCCUCACAGAUGGCAUGACAUUUUCUCCUAGGGUUUUCUGAUCGUUAAAUUAAUCCAUCUUUCCUUCCACGUGCUGCUGGUUCCAGUGCCAUAGAAUGCAAAGCAGCCACCACCAUGCUUAACUGUAGGCAGAGUAUUCUUUUCAGCGUAUGCCUACUCCAGACAAAAAGUUACAGUUUUGUUUCAUCGCUCCACAGAACAGAUUCCCAAAAUUUGUGGCUUAUUUAUAUGAUUUUGAGCAUAGUGGAGCCGACUUUUCUUGUGGUUUUGGGUCAUUAGUGGUGUAUUUCUGGCAUGGAAACCUUCUGCGUUUACUACGCACCUUACUGUGCUCACUAAAAACCUCAGUGCCUGUUGCAAGCAAGUCUUGCUGCAGGUCUUAUGCAGUCACUCAAAAGUUUUUCCACAACUUGCCUUCUCAUAAAUCUGGUUGCACCCAUUGAUAGCUACCUGUUUUUUUGCCAUGUUCAGUACAAGUAUAACCACUGUUCUUGCAACUUUGAACUUGCGAACUAUGUGUCAGGGUCUUACCUGGGUUUGGACUCUGUAGCGCAGAUAUGUUGCUCACCCUUGCAGAUAGCCACAGGCCAAGGUGGUCAGGUAAGAAUUCACCCGGCCUGUGGGUCUGUGCAAGGGGGCUGUGCAGGAUGAAGUACCAAGUCGCAGGACAGGCAAGGACUCAAACAACAGGAUCGUCAAGGGAUAGCCGAGGUCAAAGGAUGCCAGAGGACAGGAACAAUAAGGAGUAGCCGAAGUCAAGGGAUACCAGAGUAAACGUAGUCAGAAGCCGGGGUCAAUAAUAAGUAGCAGGUCAAAACGACAGGAACACUGGUACAAAACACACAACAGGAUCAAAGACUUGAUCCUGAUCACAGGGCGAGGCUGAGUUUAAAUACCCUGCUAAUGUCUGAUCAGGGUCAGGUGAAGCACAGCCAAAGUCAAGGUACAGCCGCCAGAGUAAUAGACAUGCCAGGAUGAACAGGACUGGAAUUACUUGUGGAAUACAAAAGCUGCUGUGGCUCAGAGGUAGGAAGCAGGACCAGGACUGCGAAGUUCCCCGGUUCAAAUCCCUCCUUGGGCGACCACGUCUUGCCGUCUGUCUACUGUGUCUCUAGGACUCAGUGCUUUCGCUAUUCUUUUGCAUCCUGUUCCUUGUUUGUGAAUGGCGAUCAUCUUUUCUCUUAAAUUUGUGACCAAUUAUUUUGACUAAUCCAUAUUUCUAGCAUGCAGUUAAACGUGACACUCAACAAACCCCUAGCCAGUUCAGGUAUUUCAAAUGUUUCAGCUCCAACACACCUGUUGCAACUAAUAGAACCUUGGCUAGUCUCAUCAGGUGUGCUUGAGACAGCACUUGUUUUGCAUAUUUCUGCUAUUGUGGGGCAUUCUGUUUAGGGGGUUGAAUACAUUUGAGACUGGAGAAGUCAAUAUAAGUUGCAUUUUCAGUUGAAUGUGGGGAAACCAGUGGAAGCAUUUCUUAUGUUGAGCUAUUUAGUUUGCUUUGUUUGAUUUGUUCAUUGCAAACAGCUGAAAUAAAGAUGAUUUUCAAUGGGGGUUGAAUCAUUUUGAUUACAACUGCAUGUCACUGUGUGUUUCUGAGUGUGUGUGUAUGUGCCAGUGUGUGUGUUUGUUUGUAUCUGUGUGUCAAGGUGUGUGUGUGUAUGUGUAUGCAUAUCUUUGUAAGUAUGUAUGUGGCAGUGUGCAUACAUCCCAGCAAUGAAACACCAACACACCCAUGCAAACACUAACAUUACAUACAAAAACACACCUGAAUUCAAACUCCAAACUUGUAUAUAAACACUCAAACACCAAUACUACACACAAAUGUACAUCUGCAUUUAAAUCCAACACUACAUCUACACACACCCCUGCACGCAAAUGCAAACAUUGCAUACAAACACAUCCCUGUAUUAAAACGCUAAAAUUAUAUACAAACCCCAACUCUACACACAAGCAUACACUCCUGAGUACUACAACCUGUUUAGUAUCUGUGGAAAUUAUUGUGUGUGUAUAUACAAAAAAAAAAACUACAUUUGUAAAAAAAAAAGAAAACCUAACACUCUGCUAAUUAAAAGGUAAUGACCCCCAAAAAUGUAGGGGUUCCACAAUGUUGGUACACUAUGUCAAAGGGUACCACUGGAAAAACUAAUUGGGAAUCGCUGCUUUAAGGUAUUGUCUACUUUGAAUUUGACAAGAUAUUUUUAAAGUUUAAUUCUAAACAAGUCAUUAUUUUUAUAUACAUAUAUAUAUAUAUUUUGAUGAAAAAUAAAGUAAAAAGAUAUGUUACCGGUUCUCUGAAAAGUGUCACUCUGUGCACUGCUUAGUGGGUUUGACUACAUCUGCAGACACGCUCCCAUGCCUAAAUGAGACCUUCCAAUCAAGCUCCUAACAUUCGAGUGCAUUGGGAAUUAAGUGAUAAGUAGUUUAUCCCCAAAAAGCUUUUUCAGUCACCACACGUUGAUUUACUAAUACUGGACUGUUUUUUAAAAUGUACUGCUAUCUUACAGCAGCAGAGAUCAGAGUGAGCUAGGGGUGCUCUAAGAACUAUGCCCUUUGUAAUGAUGUAAAAUAUGUAUUGCACUCCGUAUUCACCAUGCUACAUAGGCUGUCAGUCUAUAGUAUUCUGAGCUAGCCGUAUACACAGCGUAUAGACUGUACUGUAUACAAAGUUAGCAUUGUGCACAGUGUAUAGACUGUUAGUAUUGUACACAGUGUAUAGACUGUCAGUUUACAGUAUACUGAGUUAGCAUUGUGCACAGUGUAUAGACUGUCAGUAUACGGUAUACUGAGUUAGCAUUGUGCACAGUGUAUAGACUGUCAGUAUACGGUAUACUGAGUUAGCAUUGUGCACCGUGUAUAGACUGUCAGUAUGUAGUGUAUCGAGUUAGCAUUGUACACAGUGUAUAGACUGUCAGUAUACGGUAUAUUGAGUUAGCAUUGUGCACAGUGUAUAGACUGUCAGUAUAUGGUAUAUUGAGUUAGCAUUGUGCACAGUGUAUAGACUGUCAGUAUGUAGUGUAUUGAGUUAGCAUUGUGCACAGUGUAUAGACUGUCAGUAUACGGUAUAUUGAGUUAGCAUUGUGCACAGUGUAUAGACUGUCAGUAUAUGGUAUACUGAGUUAGCAUUGUACACCGUGUAUAGACUUUCAGUAUACGGUAUACCGAGUUAGCCGUGUAGCUGGAGUACAGUAAUCCCAAUAGAGAAUUAAAUUACUGCAGUUGUCCCAUGUGAGCAGUUCCAUGUACACUGCUCUCAGUACAGCUCAGCGUACUGAAAUGAAAUCAGUGAAGCACAAUAUGAAAUGAGUGUGUAAUCUGUUUAGGAUUCUGCUGUUAAAGUGUCCGCAGCUGCAGGCUUUGUAUUUUGCCAACAUAAGCUUUAUCAGCGCUCGCGCACUGACUUGAAUGUAUAAACAGUUGUUGGUGAUUAAAUAAAGCCUCUGUAUUUACAUCUCACAGCUAAAUCUUUAAUGUUCCUUGACAGCUCUUGUGGUGCUGAAUCACUACUUGGCUUUCCAGUUCUUCGCUGAAGAGUAUUACCCCUUCUCAGAGGUACGUGAUUAUAGUAUACUGCAAACACAAGGCGUCUUAUAUCGCAGCUGGAUCAGCCCCCUGCCACUUACCUUGAUAUGCUGUCGGGUUAGGGAAAGGAUUGAUAGUCUCUUUAAACUCGAUCAGCUCUUCUUUGCAUAUCUACUUUCCAAAAAAAGCUAAAAUUUUCCUUUUGAGUUGUAUAUUUUCUAAUUUAUGAAAAUCUGUACUUGUUGAAUGUGUAACUUUUUUAUAAGCAGCAUGUGUUUAUAGGCUUUGUGGUUUAUAUUUUAGAAUAUCUAUGUAUGAAAAUAAAACCUUGCGCCAUACUUGUUUAAACCACAACAAAUGAUUGUGGAGCAUCUGUGGAGUAGCUCUGGGGAUCGGGUGCUGAUAGGUAACUCAAACUUUCUCCAAAUUAGCCCCAUACCUAAUAGAGAAGAGCCCAGAAGGUAGAUCCCCUGAUGUUUGAGAACAACAUUGACUGUUUUAAAGUCUAGCAAAGCAUCAUUGGAUCUAUAAUACAACAGCACAGUUUAUAAGGCAUACAAUGAAUUAACUUAUUUUCUUUACAGAGGUGGAUCCCUUAGUCUGUUUUACAGCAAGUUCCUCUGGUCCAUCUGUUGCAACCAAUCCUCAUCCUGUCUGUUCCUAUUGGAAAUGUGCAUCGUGCAUUGGUGCUGUGUACAGGCUCUCAUUAUCCAGCAACCAGUUACUUUAAUUCACUGGUAUUGGAUGCUUUUUAUCUCGUUUUCUAUAUUCCCUGUGAAAGGUUCAUGCAGUUUGUGAUGUAGUUAGAACUUGUAGGUGGAAGCGAUACUAACGAAGAUUGGUGUAUGCAGCUUUUACAAACUAUAACCAGUGUUUGAUCCUUUGAUUUGUCCCUUUAGUGAUCUGUAAGGUGUGCUUGAAAUAAGUUUUUAUAUUUUAUAUUUACAGCAAAAUCAUUUUACUGAUUUCAGUCUCUUUUUAUGCUUGUUUGUAGUGAGUCGGCAAACCUUGUAUAAAAGGAAUUAAGCCCAGUUUCUGUGUGUAAUACCUCUCGUACAUUUCACAGAUUGUUGUAAAUAUUCUCUCAUUAAAGUGUGAGUCAGUAAUUUAAUUUCUAUUCACACAUGCACACAGUGGAAGAAUAUUCCAGAGUGUCCACCAAUGACAGAGUGCUUGCUCCACCGAUGGAACCUGUUUAUUCCACCCAUACUCAUGACAUUCCUGCCUUUAAUUUAAAAACAUGUUAGUCCCUAUAGUGUGUUGAAAUGGUUUUUGUCACUGAAAUAUUUUUAACUAAGAAGUGGACCGUGAAUAGCAGAUACCCUUAAUUCUUAUCCACCUGUUUUGAUUGCUGUGUGGUUAGGUUAGAGGGUAACACCAGCUGUUUGUUGUAUGUGAAGGAUCUGUUAUUGUGCGCUGGUGCAUAAGACAAGCACUGCCAACUGCUUGGCAUUAUAGCAAUCCUCUUGCACAAGAUACACUACUCAAGGGGAAUUUGGUUAAUCUGUCAAGGACACUGAUUGCUUUAAUAGGCUGCUUGGCAUUUGUUUGUAUUAGCACUGCAUGAAAGAGGUUAUCAUAGAUCACAUUGGUGUGUUUAAAUAUAUUGCAAAGGAACCGAUUGAGCACCAUAACCAAUAUAGUACAUUGUUGUGACUAUGGUGCUAGUCAGCAGUUUGCUAAACAAAGGGAGUCUCUAGGGCAUUUGUGAAAUUCUGGUCUUUCCUCCCUUAAGUGUUGUUACUCCUGUGUCUGUCUCCCUCCAAGUCAACAGUGCUACCAUCAGCUCCACCACGCAGGCUCGCUGCCUAGGUGUUCUCUUUGACUCCGACCUCUCCUUCAAGCCUCAUGUUUAAUCUAUCGCCAAAUUCUGUCAUUUCCAUCUCAAACACAUUGCGCGCAUCCGCCCCUACUUAACGCCAAAUGCAACUAAGGCGUUGGUCCAUUCCACUGACAUUUCUCACCUUCACUACUGUAAUCCGCUUCUCAGUGGUCUUACGUGCUCCCAGCUAGCGCCGUUACAGUCCAUAAUGAAUGCGGCAGCGAGGCUCAUCUUCCUAUCCGCCCGCACCUCCCAUGCCUCACCCUUCUGUCAGUCCCUACAUUGGCUUCCUAUAAAAUAUAGAGCUCAAUUUAAAAUUCUGGUUCUUGCUUUCAAAUCUUUACAUAAUGCUGCUCCCACCUAUCUAUCCUCCCUUAUACACAAGUAUGUCCCGUCUAGGCCCUUACGAUCUGCUGAAGACUUACGUCUAUCUUCUGUCCGUACUCCCACCUCUGUGUGCCUUCAAGAUUUCUCGAGGGCUGCACCGUUCCUGUGGAACUCGCUUCCCUCCUCCUUUAGAUGUUCACCCACGAUUUCAAAAAAUCGUUAAAAACCCACUUCUUCAUAAAAGCGUAUCAAUUAAACUGUUAAUAGCUCCUGACUGAUUCCUCUUCUGCAACUGUCACUAGUCUAAUACUAUCCUUACCUUUUUGUGUCAUUUUACCCCACUCUCUCUAGCAUGUAAGCUCAUUGAGCAGGGCCCUCAACCCCUCUGUUCCUGUGUGUCCAACUUGUCUAGUUACAACUACAUGUCUGUUCGUCCACCCAUUGUAAAGCGCUGCGGAAUUUGAUGGCGCUAUAUAAAUAUCAUAAUAAUAAUAAUAAGUGUAAAUUGUUCUUUAAAAUGUGACAAAAAGAGAUGCUGUGGGGAUUGUAGUACUUAUACUGCCCCUUUAAUAGUAAGUCAGUGCUUGUUAAAUCCAAGUCACUGUGGAAUCACAAAAAUGAGACUAAAUGCCCAAAAUGUGUGUCCUUGUCUGUCAGAAGUGAUUAAAAUUAUCUUCACUGACACACACUUUUCAGUUCCGUUAUGCUCCCUCUCCUUCUCCCCCACUGCAGUCGGAGGUGAGAGGAUAUGGGGCGAUCAGCAGUUCCGCCCUUGGUGGUAGUAGUGGUGCAGACUGUCCCUGUGUGAUACGUAAUUAGAGGUCCCUGUGCCCUUUCAAACACCAUGUGAAGAGUAAAGGGAGUAGGUGAAGGUGCUCCUGUAACCAAUGAAAUCUUCAAAGUGUUUCUAAAACUGUGAACUGGUGCCUGCUGAUUGUUUGAUUUUAGUGUUCUGGUAUAAACAUAGAAGUCCAAGGUAAUUCUCUUAAUGAUAUACAUGCCGGUGAUGUGUGUGUUUAUUUUUUCCGCUGCAGGUCCUUGCAUACUUUACCUUCUGUCUGUGGCUUAUACCUUUUGCAUUCUUCGUGUCCCUGUCAGCGGGAGAGAAUGUGUUGCCAUCUACAAUCCAGCAAGGAGGUGAGUCCUUAAUGUCACAUACAUCCUGAACUGCCUUAAAAUGGACUCGCCUGUGGCAUAGUUUCUGUUAAGUGAGUCAUUGGUUGAGGGCCAUUUUUGGGGCAUAGGAUUGUUGUGUAUCUUUUUUUUUUUUUUUUUACAUUUUUUAUACUUUGCUUAACGUCAAUGAAUGCUAUCAGCACUGAGACCACUUCACCUCAAUGAAGUGUUCUAGGUCCAUUGUCCCUACUGUUUCAUUCCCACAAUUUGAGACGUUGCCAUUUAGGAGAGACAGCAGUGUUUGCAUUGUUGGGCUUAAUACACCUUCAAGCUAGAGCUGUGGGAGAUGGUGCCUCCAGAACCAAGUCAAACACAGUUCUUCACACUUGACAUCCUCAUUCACUGCAUGAGGAUGUCGAACGUUUGGUGCUUCUCAUAGAGAAGCAUUGGAUUCAGUCUAUGUCUAUGACAAACAUUUGAUUGGAUCAUCACGAUUGCUGCAAAUGCACAUUAAAUCCACAAUGCUUCUCUGAGAUUUGAUUGGACAAAAUGGUCAUCAAUCCUGAUGUCAUCGAUGGCGGAUUGAGCUGCAGAGAAGCUCUCUCAUCUAUGAAUUGCAUGUGAGUAAAGGGUUAAUUUCAUUGGCUUUUGUUUUUAAACAAUAAAAUAGGGUCCUGGGAUCCAAAAGAACUAUUGGGUUCCUUUCAUUUUUGCUAGCCUUUUAGUAAGGAAAGAGAUGGAUAUUUCUCAUGGUAUAUAGAUUUUUAAAUCUGCCCCUUGUGACUCCUAACUACUAUUGAUAUCACUGCAACAUGACUUGAUACAGCGGAUACAUUGUUGCAAACACAGGAAAUUGUCAAGAAGACGUGAGCAAGGUCUUGCCCACCUAUGUUUCUCUCUUGGGACCAGAUACAGCUGCACUUCCUACAGUGCUUCUUAUUUCACCACUGAAAGGCUAGCAUUUACUUAACUCCUUCUUAAAGGGCAUGUGUUAUGCCCGAAACAUCUAUACAUACAUUGUGCUAGCAGUUUUACUAGCACAUUGUAUAGAUUAGGAGAAAAAAACUAUUUAAAUAUAGGCUUUCCUCCCAGCUGUCCUGACAAGAGGGAAAAGCAUCUCCCACAGGAGGUCCUUUUCGCCUCCUAAGCAUAGCAACCACAGUGCAUGUUCUGUGGUUCCUAUGGAAACUCCCUAGUUUCCUCUCCCUCAUGCUCCGGAAAGAGGAUAGGAACGGAACGACAGGAUGUCACUCCGUCCAGUUGCUGGCAAUGAAACCGGCGUCACUGAGGUGGCUUGCCCCACGCAGGGAAAAUCACUAAUGACCAGGGGUGGAGCGGGAGAGGAGCGAAGGUGGGUGUUCCAUGAAGAGUAUCACCUACCAAGCUCGACGAUGGCAGCCCUGGAAUGGAGAAGAGAUGCGUUAAUCUCUAUAUUUUACAUUGAGUACACCAUGUAUCUUUGUGAUGUGAUAUAUUCAAUGUAUAUGGAGCAAUUUAGGGUAAGGUGAUUUUUGACAACCGGUUCACAAUAUUAUUUUUAGUUUUUAAAGUGACUGUGUACUCACAGCACAAUGGCUAUUGUUAGCUUGCCAAAUAGCCUCAUUAUUUAAUCAUGUUUAUUUAUGAAUACGACUUAUAACACCUACUGAAGUUCAUGGGGUUGAGGGACCAUAUGAUAAACUCCCAUGAGCUUACAGCAGUCUGUAUGUGUUUUAGUUUGUCUUUAUUUCUUUUUUGAGUCAUUUUAAAUGGUAAGCCGAUUACUUUUUAGUGACACAAUUAUACAAUUAUUUUUUUUAAUUGCCAGUCGUAGAUCCAGGAGCUAUUUUUCAGGAACCUUAAAAAAGCCUUAAUUGUUCAGAUCUGUCCUGAAUAGUUUAAAGCAUACAAUAAUGUAAAAAUGUGAGGGAAAAAAAUAUUUCUGCUGAUAUGGCAAUAAAGAGAUUGAAACCUAUCAACGCCCUGAAUGGACAAUGGAGGUUGACGACAGUCAUUUGAUGAUACUUAUUAUGGUUUUUUUUUUUGUCCUGUAGAUGACGUGGUUUCCAACUAUUUUACGAAAGGUAAGAGAGGAAAACGUUCUGGAAUCCUUGUUAUCUUCUCAUUCAUUAAGGAAGCCAUAUUGCCUACUAGGCAGAAAAUGUACUGAGCCCUGCAUUCCUCCUCCCUGUGGGAUCGACCUGUGCACAGGAGCCAGGCUGAAACACUAUAGCAGAGCUUAAAUAAAAGAAGAAGAAAGACAAGCAAAGGGUUGAAACAUGGAGGCUGACUCGGGCUUCAUAUGUGCACGUACGCUUUUUCAAAGGAUGUUUUCAGGGAUAUAAAAGCUGCUGUGUGGAUGGAAGUCAUGGAUCCAGUGGAAGGUGCUGCUUUACGUGCCCAAGACCAGUUGAGGUUCUCCCGUUUGUCAACGCAUCCCCGUGAUUGCUUGAAGUGGAGGAAUCGUUCCCUGAUUUACAGAAAAGGCUGUUUUAAACUCACUGGGUUUACUUGUUAGGAGUACUCUUAUUUAAUUCAAGAAUAAAAAAUAGACUCAUUCUGCAAUGAAAAAUCCAAGGUUCUAGUCAUUUUUUUAAACAAAAUUUACUUAGUGCCAAUAGAUUUUCUUCUUUUUUUUUUCUCCCUGGUGUAGGCCAGUUUGGCGCCUCUUAGUCAUUCAGCUCUGCAGAGAUUAAUGUGAUUUCUAAUAAAUGUGUGUUUUCAGCAUAGUGGACAUUUAACAAGAAACGUGCAGUGACUGCAGUAGCCUCUGCUCUUGUGAAAUAAAAGCAGCAUUUCUUAAUUGUUGUUUUGAUUUCUAUAUUGUUUAAUUUUUCUCUUUAAAUAUUUUAUCUACCUAGGAAAAUGUUGAAGCUGGCUGUUUAAUUGUGCAUUGAUUACAUUUUACCUAAAUGAUUUGCAUUGGCUGAUAUUGUGAAAGAAAGUUAAAGGACCACUAUGGACAACAUAUCUUCAUUGGAAUGACUCCUGUUCACUCUGUCCCCGAACCUCUGCUCAAUAUCCAAAGCUUCAAUGAGCUUAGAUAGCGCUUAGAGCGGUUUGAUCUCCACUCAGAUAUGUCUUUAUCCGUGAGCCGGGAUCAUACCGCUCUAAUCGCCUUCUAAGAUCUGAUUGGAGGCUCUCUAUUUGUGAGUGUAUAUUUAUCACUAUAGAAAGUAGGUCUUUGAAUAUACUGGGUUACACAAUUUUUUUUCUAGGUUUACAUUUCGUAUGAGAUAUUGAGAGCUGAUCCCAGAACAGAUUGCCCUCUCAUCUUACAUAAAGAUCUGAUCGUUUGCCCAUCAAGUAGGAUAACCGACUAACCUCUAAAAAAAAAAAAAGACACUCUCUAGCAGAAAUACUUUUCUCUUUGGGACAUAUACUGUACUUUGUAUUCAAGUUGUUAGAUUUAAAUCGUAUAUAUCCACUUAUUUAUGUGACACUCCUAUUUAUGUGUUUGGCGUAGUUUUUACUGUUAUCCUUUCCAUUUUUCUUGGAUUGUUGGGGUAUUCAAGAUACAGUCCUGCUUCCUGUACCUUAUUUCUGUAUUUACAACCUACAGGGAG